UCAAAUGGACAGGAUGCUCCUCUGAUUGGACAUUUUGGUUUCUGCACACAGGAUCACACAGCACAGCAAGCGGCAACGCAGCAACGCGCAGUGGCCAAUAAUCGUCUUACUUUUCUGAUAAUUCCAAAUAAUUAUCAAACAAUCAAAAUAGUGAUUGGUCGCCGCGUGGUGUCUCUUUGCCGUGUCCUGUGUGCAGGGCUAUGUGAAUUCAGUGCGGUAAAGAACAGACUUGAGGGGGGAUUCAGGAAGAUCUGGGAGGAUCGUUCAGGGAUCUCCCGUUUUGUAAAGGUAAUUCCUGCUUUUCUUAUAAUUACGCAUUCAUCCAACUGGCCUAGGUUAUAUCCCUCUUUAUCUGACGGGAUUUCCACAAGAUCGAAAGAAGUGGCGCGAAGCCGGAAGAAGUAAACUUUAUGUUGCGUAUUACUUUUUCGAGAAUUGCGUUUUGUAAAUGGACAAUCCGCCGGAGCUCACAUCGACGAAGAAGAAAUGCAUGCUGACGACGAACAAGGAUAGAGUGCGGCCGGUGGAGUGCACACAGAAGUUCCCGUUGUCGCGGCAGUACCUUAACACGAUGAAACAGGCCUUAAAAAGAAGUAUAAGUGUCGUUGAUCCUACCGCAUCGAGUCUCACGUCCUCCAGCGAUGUAAUGGUGCUAUCUGAGGUGAAGAGUCGAGUACCGUAUAAUCUGCAGAAGCUGAGAAUCCUGUCUCCACGUGGACGGGAUCUAGGGGAGUUCAAUGUAGAGAUGCAAUCCACCAAUUCCUCGAAAGAGAACACAAUUACGAUCAUCAAGUCCAACAGCAAGUCUAAUGUCGACAGUAAGUCGUUAAAGCUCUCCUUGUCUCCAGUCUCAACUAGAAUGCUUCCACGUAUACUUAAGCAGAGCACUGGAAAGAUUGCAAAACGUAACUUGACAGAAAUGAUAGAAGGAGCUUGUAGUGGAAGCGUCUCUUGGACGAGUAACACCAGUACCACGUCGUGUCAGCAACAAUCCAUGACAACUGUGCCAAUAAAUAUAAUACUUACAAAUGGUCAAAGUUUGGAAGGUAAGAAGGAAAAACAGACAUGUAAUAGUAUUAAUGCAGCUAGGGUACCUUCUACAAGUGGCAUAAAUUCUAAAUAUUCUUCUGUGUGUCAAACUGUUGAUAGCAAUCGUCAGAAGUAUAUAAUACAGAAUGGAGCAGAUGACACAGAUCGUUAUCGUACAAAGGUUCAAGAGAUUGCAGAUAAGAUUAACAGCGAGAUUGCUUCAACCACGAAAGUAUCAUUGUCUAAAAACAGUAUUGGAUCGCCAUGUCCUGCAAAUUGUAAGAGACCCACAGUUAAUUUUAGAGAUAAUAGUAACAUAGGAUUGACUAGGACAAGCUUUAAGCUAAGUAAGGGAAAAUGCAUUGCUACUAUAAAGAAUACAGAAAAUGGGAAGAUAGUAACGUCUCUUAAGAGCGUAUCGAAUCUUAUGCCAAGAUCCAAUCAGUAUGGUUUACAUAACAACAGUAAAAAAAAUUCUGACAAUGGAAUCUCAUACAAUGGGGAUGAUUUGCUUGAUAUUAAGCCCGAUGUAGAGCCAGUUCCUAACAGUCAAGUGCCCGAAAUAAAAACGCGAAAUGUUAUGACGAUUGUACCUAGUAAUAAAAUUCUUUCGUUUGGUCAGAACGCAAUUCUGGUGCAAGGAUGCAAUGCUCCGAUGGAGUCAGCGAGUAAAAAUGUGGCGAGCAUCGGUCACAUUGCAGUUAGAAGUAAUAAUGCACAAAGCAAGGACUCGAAGAAAGCAGAAUUUCAAAACAAUCAUCUAAUGGUUGUCAACGAUAGUACUAUGCGACGCGUUCCACAGUCGCAUCGGCUCACGGGAAUCAUUGACGAUACGAACGCGCAGUUGAAUGUACAACAGAGCAAGGAUCCGCCCUCCCAGAAGAACUUGUCAUCUCGAUUAAGCAUUAUAAGGAAGGCGAUGGACAGCGUAAAAGACAACACGCUGCGCGAGCAGGCACUGAAGGCCCUAGCGGACUGCGGUGUCGGGAUCGAGCGCUACGUUCCGAUACGUCCGAAGGAUCACAAAGCCAUGCACGAUACGCAAGUGCAGACCGUUGUGUUCGGCCUGCUCGAUCCUAAGACCUUUGUAUUAAUAAACAAAGAUCUGGAUAAUAUACACAGGUUAAAUCAGAUCACUCUCCACGACAUACCUGAUGAUCAAAAUCUGUUGCAAGAUAAUUCGCAUUCUAAUAAUUUAGUUUCCAAAGAUCCUGAUGUAGUAGAUCAAUCAAUUCCUUUUGAUUUAGACAAUUUUAUGGAAGAAUUUUUGAAAGAGGAGUCGAAUACUCUUAAAAUGAAGGAGACUUUAUCAUCAACUAGAGUAAGAUGUAACAGUCUUCUGGAGUCUCUGCAAAAGGAUUUUGAGAGUGUCAAACGAUUCGAUCAGAACGGCAGACUGAAUAUACAUAAUGCCGUCAUAAGCGAUAAUGUUAAUCUCGUUCAGAGACAAUUAAUAGUACUGAAACACUCUAAACAAAGUGUUGAUAUUUUAACUGAAGACGGAAUGACGAGUUUGGAAUUGGCGAUCAAAUAUGAUGCAUGCAGCAAAGUAGUGAAACUCUUACUCGAUGCCGGUGCACAACCAGUGAUACCGAGAUCCAUACACGAAUCGGCAGUAAUUAUAGCCAGCAAACAGUCAUCACCGUUGUUGCCGAUGCUCAUUAGCAGAGUCUCGGACGCAAAGUUGCUCAAUCAAGUUGAUUCGGAGGGUCUCGCGGCGAUACAUUAUUGUAGUAUAUAUGGUAAUUUGGAAGGAGUCAAAGCGCUUUUAUCAGUCGGCGCAACUGUAGACCUAAAGGAUAGGAGAUCGGGACGGACGGCUUUGUUUCACGCGAUCGACAAUGGUCAGAAGUUAGUAAUGCAAACGUUGCUAAAAGCUGGUGCGGUCGCAAGCAUCGCAAACUAUGCGGGACAAACACCGCUAAACAUACUCAACGAAUCGAAGUUGUCUUUAAGAAUGGAAAAAGAUAAAACAUGAUAGUUUUUAUUCUUACGGAAUAAAAUUUUGUUUUUUUUAAUGACGAAACAUAAGACACAUUUUUAAAAUAAGACUGUCUUAAAUAUGUAACAAUAUUAGAAAUUAUUUCAAUUUUAAUGAUAAUUUGACUUUCUCUAGUCAAAAUAACAUAAUAUAUAAUUAACACUAAGACAACUUCAGUCAAAUUUUAGUUAAUUUUAGUAAUGAUAAAUUUUAUCAGCAAACUUGGUUACAACAGAACGUUAAUGUUAUAAAGUAGUCGUUUUAAUAUUAUUUUAUAAGUUAAUUGCUGAAUAAAUAAUAAGAGUUUGAUGAUAACCGCGUUUAGCCAUCUUUUAGUGUUAAUAUACUAUCUAUUACAUACCAUAAAAAAGGCUGCUCAAAAAGAAAUGUUUGAAACUUGUAACAAAAAAUAUAAAUAUUUAAUUUCAA